AAGCCCAACGCAGGCCUUACUAUGCUGACUACUCCCCAGCCAGGAAGUACAUUCACACCCUCUGCACCAGCCACUAUCUUGACCUCUUCAUCACCUUCAUCAUUGGAGUCAACGUCAUCACGAUGUCCAUGGAGCACUACAACCAGCCAAAGUCCCUGGAUGAAGCCCUGAAGUACUGCAACUACGUGUUCACCAUAGUUUUUGUGUUUGAGGCACUUCUGAAGUUGGUGGCAUUUGGUUUUCGAAGGUUCUUUAAGGACAGGUGGAAUCAGCUGGAUUUGGCCAUAGUUCUCUUAUCAAUCGUGGGGAUCACUCUGGAGGAGAUUGAGAUGAAUGCUGCCCUGCCCAUCAACCCCACCAUAAUCCGCAUCAUGCGGGUGCUGCGGAUAGCAAGGGUGUUGAAACUGCUGAAAAUGGCCACUGGGAUGCGAGCUCUGCUGGACACAGUGGUACAAGCCCUUCCCCAGGUAGGGAACCUUGGCCUACUUUUUAUGCUCCUGUUUUUUAUCUAUGCUGCCCUGGGAGUGGAAUUGUUUGGCAAGCUAGACUGCAGUGAAGAAAACCCUUGUGAAGGUCUGAGCCGCCACGCGACCUUCACCAACUUUGGCAUGGCCUUCCUCACCCUCUUCAGGGUGUCAACAGGGGACAACUGGAAUGGCAUCAUGAAGGACACUCUCAGGGAAUGCACUCGUGAGGACAAGCACUGCCUCAGUUACCUGCCUGUCAUCUCUCCUGUCUACUUUGUCACCUUCGUCCUCAUCGCACAGUUUGUCCUCGUCAACGUGGUGGUGGCAGUGCUGAUGAAGCACUUGGAGGAGAGCAACAAGGAGGCCAAGGAGGACGCCGAGAUGGAUGCUGAGAUCGAGCUGGAGAUGUCCAGAGGAGCAACCACCUCGGCCACCAGUGGGAGCAGGGGAGGUGCUGUGGCCCUGGAGAGCAGAGCACCCUACAGAAGUCAGGAGACCAUCAAGUCAGAGCCAGGGGGGCAGGCGAAGCAUCAAGCCCUGGGCAGUGCAGCCCCUCUGAGGCCACGGGACCCUCAGAACCUGCUGGCCGUCCGCAAGAUCUCCGUGUCCCGCAUGCACUCCUUGCCCAACGACAGCUACAUGUUCCGGCCUGUGGUGCCAGCAAAAGCCCCUUUCCCCCUCCAUGAGGUGGAGAUGGAGACGUAUCCCUGCAAAUCCCAAAGAG